AUUGCCAGAUUCACAGCAAGCUCGCACACUCUGAUGAUCUAUGUGAAAAGUUCUUCCUUUCAUGCUCUGAAUCUGUAAGAAAGCCAGGCAACCUGAAAAACAUGAGUGUUAAGGAAAAGGUGAAUUCUCGGUUGAGGUUUAGGCACACAGAACUAUGUUCUUGCUGUUCAAAGCCAUUCAAGAAGAAACGUGACGCACACCGGCUAUCUGAGGAGGUGAGUGACAUGUUUCUAGAUGAUAGUAUGAGCAAAGUGAAGGAGAGAAGCAUAGCCAUGGCAAGUGUUGGGUGUUCUUCAGAUGACGAUGUUGAUCAAUUGCCUCAUGGAUGUUACAGAAAGCUAAGUGCUGACCAUGAUUCCGAGUCCGAGAUUCGCAUCUCAGAUGACGAUGAUGGUUGUCUUGCAAUGGUUUAUGAAGCCAAACAGCGAACCAGAGAUAAACCAUGUGCUGAUGCGUGGCUGCAACCUAUGAUAACCAGCACUAACACCUUAUCACCGUCUCCUUCUGAGAGUACUGAUCAGACAAAGUUUAUGAGCAUCACUCCUCUAGUUCCAUUGGAUACUGCAGAAGGUACAACCAAUGCUGCAAAAUCUUCAGACCCUGCUAUUGGCGAUGGUUUGGAGGAAAUCAACUGGGGUCAGCCCAAUGUGAGUAACAACAACCUUGAUGUGCAGUUGAACACUGUGCCUGAGCAAGAUUGUCAGGAGCUACAGAAAGAGAAAAGAAGCCCUGACGAGGAAGCUACAAAGAUUUUUGCCACUUCUGCAUAUGAUGGGACAAGUUCAACUGCAGAUCCUCGUAUCGACUGCAACAACAGCAUCAAGAAUACCAAUUCAAGAACACAGGAAGAAGACAUUCCUGUCCCAGUUGUCUUCUGCGCGAUGCUUUGAUGGUCCUUGGAGUGAGGUGUCUGCUAGCCCCAGAAUCAGCAUACAGAUUGAUGAGUACAGUCAAUCUGAUGCCACUGGUAGCAGGCAGUUUCUUGAUCUGGAACCAACUGAUGCUCAUGUUACAAGCGAAGAUGAAGGUGAAAUCUCCCUUGAGCUUAGCAAGAAAAAA